AAGGUAUGAAUGUGUGUGUUACCAAUGGGAAAGAAAUAAAUUUUAUCAAAAGGUUUUUUAGUUUUUCUGUUACUUGGAGCUCGUUUUCAUUCAAUUAACACCCGUCGCGAGUUGAACAAGUUAAAAGACAUACCCGGAGAAUCAUCAACUUUAUGUUUAUCGGGUGAUUCAUAGUGGAAGUUAAAAUUAAAGAGUAACAAGAAUAUCCCGUAAAGGAAAAUUCAUUUUCAAUGGAAAACUAAAUAAUCACUAUCAUCAUCUCUACUGUCUACGGCAGUCAUAAAAACUAUUUGUUCGUGCAGCAAACGAGCAAAAGAGCUUAAAUCAUGACGAAGAAGUUUGAGUUCAACUGGCAAAUUCCAGUUCCUCAGCCUCUACUUGAUGGUGCCAUUUUCGACCGAUGGACAGAAGAAAAAGAUAAUUCAGAAUUAGAACUCGCUUGUACAUUUAAAGUUGAUGAGUAUGGAUUUUUCAUUUAUUGGAAAAGUGAAGGAAAGGAAGGAGAUGUCAUCGAGUUGUGUCAAGUGAGCGACAUCCGUGCAGGCGGUCUUCCUAAAGAUAUGAAAUUAGGUAAUCAACUGUUAAAUCGACACGGAGAACAAUUAGAAGAAAAAUCGUUAACAAUAUGCUCGGGAACUGAUUACAUUAACAUUAACUAUCAGCAUGUGAUUUGUCCGUCAGCGGAGAUUGCUAAGAUCUGGUUAGACGGCCUACGAAAGAUAACACACAAUGGCAAAGCCAAUAAUUUCUGUCCAAUGACGUGCUUAAAGAAGCAUUGGAUGCGUUUGGGUUUCACCGUUGAUGUAAAAGGAAACGUUCCAGUCAAGGUUAUUGCGAGAACUUUCGCUUCAGGUAAAACUGAGAAGCUUGUUUAUCAAGGAUUGUCGGAACUUGGUCUACCAAGUGGAAAGAAUGAAUCAAUUCCUAAAGCUGACUUUACAUUUGAUAAGUUUUAUGAGUUGUAUCAUAAAAUCUGUCCAAGAAACGAUAUUGAAGAACUGUUUCGUUCAAUAACACAAGGAAAAGCAAAUGAAAUUAACAUCGACCAAUUUAUAAACUUCUUGAAUGAGAAACAACGAGAUCCGCGUCUUAACGAGAUUCUCUAUCCACUUUAUGAUGAAAAACGUGCCGUUGAAAUAAUCAACACAUACGAGCAGUCAGAAGAUGCUCGAAAUGCCAAACAUUUGACAAAAGAUGGCUUCAUAAGAUAUUUAAUGUCAGAUGAAAAUGCGCCAGUAUUUUUAGAUCGCUUGGACAUUUACAUGGAAAUGGAUCAGCCUUUGUCGCAUUACUACAUCAAUUCAUCCCAUAACACUUAUCUUUCCGGUCGUCAAUUUGGUGGUAAAAGUUCUGUUGAGAUGUAUCGACAAGUGUUACUUGCUGGUUGUCGUUGUGUUGAAUUAGAUUGUUGGGAUGGAAAAGGUGAAGACGAAGAACCAAUAAUUACACAUGGCAUGGCAAUGUGCACAGAUAUUCUGUUCAAAGAUGUCAUUUAUGCUAUUCGCGACACAGCAUUUGUCACUUCCGAUUAUCCUGUCAUCCUUUCAUUUGAGAAUCAUUGCUGCAAGUCACAACAAUAUAAAUUAGCGAAAUAUUGUGAUGAGAUUUUUGGCGAUUUAUUAUUGAAAGAAGCACUUCCAGAAUAUUCAUUAGAACCUGGCAUACCAUUGCCACCACCAUCAUGUUUGAAACGAAAGAUUUUAAUAAAAAAUAAACGUUUGAAGUCAGAAGUUGAGAAACAAGAAUUGGAGCUUUUCCUUCAAGGGGAAUUUGUGAUUGAAGAUGACAUCAAAGAAGAUGCCAGUGCUGUAAAACCUCCACCUGAUGAACUUGCAGCAGCUGUAGCAGCAACUGCCAGUAAUGCUCAAUCACAAGACGGUGGUGAUGCAGAGGCUAUUCCAAUUCAAUACACUGGAUCAACAACAAACGUUCAUCCAUGGUUGUCAUCGAUGGGGAAUUACGCGCAACCAAUAAAAUUCCAAGGCUUUGAUGUCGCUGAACAGAAAAAUAUUCAUCACAAUAUGUCGUCGUUUGCUGAAACAACUGGAAUGAGUUUGCUGAAAACACAAGCAAUCGAUUUUGUCAACUACAACAAACGUCAAAUGUCGCGUAUUUAUCCAAAGGGCACGCGUGCUGACUCGUCAAAUUACAUGCCUCAGGUAUUUUGGAAUGCCGGUUGUCAAAUGGUGUCGUUGAACUUUCAAACUUCUGAUUUACCACAACAAUUGAAUCAAGGGAAGUUUGAAUAUAAUGGAAAUUGUGGAUAUCUUUUGAAGCCUGAUUUCAUGCGACGUUCUGAUCGCUCUUUCGAUCCAUUUGCUGAUGCACCUGUUGAUGGUGUCAUUGCUGCUCAAUGUUCCGUAAGUGUGAUUGCUGGUCAAUUCUUAUCUGAUAAGAAAGUUGGAACUUAUGUUGAGGUCGACAUGUAUGGUCUUCCUACCGACACAAUUCGAAAAGAAUUCAGAACGCGAAUGGUGCCAACAAAUGGAUUGAAUCCCGUUUACAAUGAAGAGCCAUUUUUAUUCCGUAAGAUUGUGUUACCAGAUCUCGCGGUUCUUCGAUUUGGUGUGUAUGAUGAGAAUGGCAAGUUGCUUGGUCAAAGAAUUCUUCCACUUGAUGGUCUUCAAGCUGGUUAUCGUCACAUCUCGUUGAGAACCGAAGCCAACUUUCCAAUGUCAUUACCGAUGUUGUUCUGCAACAUUGAGUUGAAAAUUUAUGUACCAGAUGGUUUUGAAGAUUUCAUGGCGGCAUUGUCGGAUCCUCGUGCAUUUAUGGGAGCGGCAAAAGAGAGAUCGGAUAAUAUGAAAGCAAUGGGAAUUGAAGAAUCUGCCACGGGUGGGCCUGGAGCGGCAACUCAAACAACCAAAAAAGAAGAAACUAAAGAAGAACCACCUCUGGUGUUUGAACCAAUCACAAUUGAUUCACUUCGUCAGGAAAAAGGUUUCAUUAAGACAGCAAGAAAGCAACAAAAGGAAUUGGAUGCACUGCGAAAGAAACAAGCAAAAGAUCGAAUGGCACUUCAGAAAGCCCAGAACGGCACGAUUGAGCGAUUGAUUAAAGGUAAAAGUAAAGAUGAAAUUAAGAACGAUGCAUCGAUAAGAAAAGUGAUUCAAGAGCAGAAUGCGCAGUGGAAUGAAAUGGUCGAGCGACAUAAGAAGGAAGAAUGGGAAAUGCUUAAACAACAAAUUUCCGAUCAACAAGACACUCUUCGCAAGCUUAUGGAGAUUACACAAGCUUCUCAAAUGAAGCAGCUGGAAGCCAAACACGAACGUGAUGUCAAAGAAUUAAAUUCGAAGCAAGCGAAAAUCUCGGUUGAAACAUCAAAGGAAGUGGCGAAUGAUAAGACAUUAAAAACCAAAGGUGAAAAGGAUCGUCGACUUCGUGAGAAGAAGCAGAACAACAUUAAAAGAUUUAUGGACGAGAAAAAGAGUGCUACAAUAAAACAAGGACGUGAAAAGGAAAAGUUGAAGAUGACUCAUGACAAGCAACUUGAGAGUUUAUCACACGACUUACAAAAGCUAAUUGAUGUGAUCAAAGUUGAAGAAGAAGAAUAUAAAAUGAUUCAGAAAUUUGAAUUCUUCGCCUAAACAUCCAUCUUAAGAUUAAGAAAUUUAUAAUGUUCUCGUCAUUUUAUCUUUCUUUAUAAUAAAUAAUCUUAAAUCAAUGGACUUUCGAUAAAAGAUAUUUCGAUAAUUUCAAAGUCAUCAUUUUAUUUCUCAAACAAUUUACACUCGAAAUGAGAAAUCGUUCGAUUAUUUUGAAUGUCUUUUAUGGAGAUUCCAUUGAACAUAUUUUUUCCUAUGAAUUUCAUGUUAAUUAGAUUAGAUUUUUAAUUGCAUUUCAAAAAGGGAAAAAUUAGCUCGCGUCAAGAUCUUCGUUUGUAAGUUUAAAUAAAUAAAACGAUUAAUGAAUAGAAUUAAAAAUAUUCCACAAGUAAAACAUGAUGUGCCACUAAACAUAUUAGCACUGUAAGCGUCGCUCCAUUUUAUCAGGUCGUGUUUCUUUUCGCAUUCAAUGAUGUAAGUGGAUUAACUGAACCAAAAAUAAUGAAAUGUAAUAGUCCAAAUCUUAAGUUUUAACAAGUAAAAUGUCCACAAAUGAAAUAUAUUCAACCUGAAAAUCUUUUUUUUCAUUUUUAAAAGUAAAAUUAUACGAAAAUCAUCUCGAAAGAAGUUUGAGAUAAAUUUUGCAAGCCUUCAAUUCAUGUCAAAAAUCUCUAAUUCUUCGAUUAUUUCAAACAACAAAUUGAAUGUUUUUUGAUUAGAUAUUCAACUUCCAAAUUUAGAGAAAUAGAAUUAAAAGUAAAAAACAUUUUAAGCUUUAAACAUUUCCGUCAAUUUACUAAAAUUUAACAAAUGCAGAGAAAAAAACUUUUAUGAUGAUGAGAAGAAAGCAAGAUAAGUUCAUACAUGAUGAUUUAAAAAUAUUUAAUUAAAGUAACAGUUCCUGCUGAGAAACCAACAACUAAUGAGCCUAACUACAAACGAUAGUAAUAAAUAUUAAAUAUCUACCAUUUUUCGUCAAAGAUUAUUAUUUUAAUUGUUAUGAACGUUCUUAGAUUUGAAAGAAUGGAAGAAAAAUUCCACUUAAGCAUGCAAUAACAAAAUAUCGCCAGAAUGAUAAAGAAUGAAGUCAACUUAUUGAUUUAUUAUUUAAGAAAAAAGUGUUAGGAGUUCAGCAAAUAAGUUAAAUUUACCUUAAAAUAAAUUUGUUAUGGGAAAGUUUUAGUUAAAACUUUUUUAUUUGGAUUCAACAAAAUUUAAAUUUAUUUUCUACUCCAUGUGAUGAUGAAAUGUUACAAAAUAAGUUCUUAAGUGCACCAAGUUUUAUGUCUGACAAGAAAACAAGAAAAACUUCUCUGUGUUAAUUAAAUAAAAGGAAUCUGGAAAAAAUUCAAAAUAAAAGUAAAAAAUUGAAAAUAGAAAAA